AUGCUGUCCUCAAACUGUCUUGCAGCCCUCACAACACUCGUCGUUCUUACUACAUCGGCGCCCACACCCAUAGCCGCAUCUUCAUCAGGCCUUGCGACCGUCGACCUGCGCAUUAUUGGUCCGCAAAGUACACACUACUCCACCAACAACCAGUCGCCGACCAGCGACCAAAGCCAGCACCUCACUGUAAUUGUCGGCCAAGCACUAUCGCUCGAACACGACCCUCUACAUGUCCAGGGACUUCAGAUCGCAGCGGUGGAAGCGGGUGAGUCGCUGUCGCUGUCGUCUACAAGCGUUGUGGACAACGGCUGGCGAGUCGUAUGUACAGCGCACAUCGUUGGGAAGGACGACCUUGUGGAGUUUGACAUGCGCGACAAGGGCGUGCUCUUGGCUGGGGGCGGGCUAGCAAAGGUUACUCGAUUGAGCUGCGUUGUCGACGAGGAGGCAUGA